AUAUUUGCUAUUGCUCAAUUUCAAUCUGACGUGACCUCACAUUUACUACUUUUCUUUUUUUGAUUCCAUCCUUACUCUCACCCACAUAGCAAAUACAUGCACAUAAACGCAGGUGCACAUGCCCUGUGUCCUCUCAGCUGAGCAAACAGUGAGUUGUUGUACUUUGGAGCGGUGGAUCAGUUCUUCCAUCGCUGGGCUCCGAUCGACCGUCAGGAGCAGGCGAGCGACCGAUAGAGACAAGAUGGCUGGCGUUUGUUUACUGGUCGUCUUUACUGGUUUGCUGCUGAAGGUGUGUGGACUGGCAGCUGAAGUCACAGAGGCCAACGCAGGAGCUGUGUUUGUGAGUCAGCAGGCCGCGCACGCGGUGCUGCUGCGCCAGCGCAGGUACAACAGUGGCCAUCUUGAAGAAUUGCACAAGGACAAUCUGGAGCGGGAGUGUAAAGAGGAAGUUUGCACAAUGGAGGAGGCCAGGGAGGUGUUUGAGAACGAUGAGAAGACGAUGGAAUUCUGGGCUGGUUACGUUGAUGGUGAUCAGUGUAAGCCCCCCCCCUGUCAGAAUGGAGGUGUGUGUGAAGAUGGAGUUGGUUCUUAUGUUUGCUGGUGCAAACCCAACUUUGGUGGCAAGAACUGUGAGAUUGAGGUGACCAAGCAGUGUUUGGUCAACAACGGCGGCUGCUCCCAUUUCUGCGUGAUGCGAGAGGAGCUGCCUGUGUGCCAGUGUGCAGCCGGGUACAAACUGGGCCCAGACAAAAGGAGCUGUGUACCAACAGAGACAUUCAGCUGUGGUAAGGUGAUCUUGUCCAAAUCCGAAUCCACCGCCAGGUCCCUGUUGACUCCGCGAACAUCAAACCAGACAAGAGCCAACGUCGGCACCAACGUCAGCGACACUCUGCACGACGUCUUCUACGACGACAACAUCACACAGUUGUAUGAUUAUGACUUUGCUGUGAAUGACUCUGAUUUGACGGACGUCCCCGCGGCCUCAGCAAUAGACAUUCGCUCGUUUCAGUCGUCCUUGAGCUCCUCUUUAAAUCCGGCCGACGACCCCGUGAACAGCAGUGAGUGGAACGGAAAGACUGAUUUUAAUUCCUGGGCCUUCUUCCCGACUAUUCCCCCCAUCACAGCAGAGGAAAACACUGACCAGAGGAUCGUAGGAGGCGAUGAGGCCAUUCCUGGAGAGAUACCGUGGCAGGUGGCCCUGAUGUCUCAGUCCCCUACUCUUGGGAGAGCACAGUCCUUCUGUGGAGGAUCUCUGCUCACGGAGUCGUGGGUCAUCACAGCUGCUCACUGCCUGGUGCUGGGCGAAGUUCCUGUCCGAGGUUUCUUCGUCAGAGUGGGUGAACAUGAUGUGGAAAAGCACGAGGGCUCAGAGAAAGACCAUACGGUGGCAGAGCAGCAUUUGCACCCAAUGUAUAAUCAGAAGAAGUCACCAUACAACCAUGAUAUUGCACUGCUGAAGCUCACCAGUCCCGUGGAACUGUCCAACCGGCGGCGUCCGAUCUGCCUGGGCCAGAAAGACUUUACAGAGACCAUACUGCGGGAGUCCGCCGGCUCCCUGGUGAGCGGCUGGGGGCGACAGAAGUUCCUGGGUAUCGAGGCCACCAAGCUUCAGAAGCUGGAGGUGCCCUAUGUGGAACGAACCCUGUGUAAACAGAGCAGCCGGGACCACAUCACGCGCUACAUGUUCUGCGCUGGCUACAGCAAUAAAGAGAAGGAUUCGUGCCAGGGGGACAGCGGGGGCCCCCAUGCCACCAAUUUCAAAGGCACUUGGUUCCUGACAGGUAUCGUCAGCUGGGGCGAGGAAUGUGCCAAGGAUGGAAAGUAUGGCAUCUACACUCGGGUCUCCCGGUAUUACCCGUGGAUCAGUUUCACAACAGGGAUUCGAAUUAACUGAUCAAUUAAAAAUAGAAUCAUGCAAAGAACACAGCUGCCAGUCAACUGCUGAGGAAGUGAAAGAUUAUAGAAGAAAAUCCACUCAAAAGAAUUGCACAUCUCUGUUUAAAUGUUGCAAAAAUAAAACUUUAAAGCUCCUCAGAA